AUGGAGCAGCUAACAGUGACGGCAGGACUGCUCGUUUUCCUCUGUUUAACAUUUCCCUGCCAAGGAGCCGAAAGGAUCAAAAACAGAGGACUGCGGCAGAAGGACGUUGAAUACGUGGACAAAUGCACUGAGGGCCCCACAGGCAAACUCAACUGCACCAGACACACAGCUGAGAGCCAGUCGACACAGUACACCAUGUACUCCAGCUGUCUGCAGGGUCCGCAAGGCAUGACGGGCAGGGAUGGAAAUCCGGGAGUAAAUGGAAUCCCGGGUACGCCAGGUGUGCCGGGACGAGACGGGGCCAAGGGGGAGAAAGGCGAAUGCGUGAGUGAGAUAUUUGAGGAACCCUGGAGACCCAACUAUAAACAGUGCGCCUGGAACUCCCUCAACUACGGCAUCGACCUGGGCAAAAUCACAGAGUGCACGUUCACGAAGCUGCGCUCAGACAGCGCCCUCCGCGUGCUGUUCAGCGGCUCUCUCAGGCUCAAGUGCAAGACAGCCUGCUGUCAGCGCUGGUACUUCACCUUUAACGGAGCGGAAUGUUCUGGGCCGCUGCCCAUAGAAUCCAUCAUCUAUCUGGACCAGGGCAGCCCAGAACUCAACUCCACCAUAAACAUACACCGGACCACCUCAGUGGAAGGCUUGUGUGAGGGCGUCCGAGCCGGAUUGGUCGACGUUGCUAUCUGGGUCGGGACCUGUGGUGACUAUCCCCGUGGUGACGCCUCAACCGGCUGGAAUUCCGUCUCCAGGAUGAUCAUUGAGGAGCUGCCCAAAUGACUUCUGACCUCUUCUUCAAUCCCAUAAGUCAUAUCAAAAAUCCACCCAUGCACAGCUGAAGUCAUGUCAUUUUGUACUCGGCAGCAGACCCACGUAAGGAACUCCAGGUCUCAGAUUUUUACACUUGAUGGAGAUCUUGGAAAUCACCCCAUGGUAAAGACAAAUGUUCCAAUGUCAGUUUUUUUCCUGAAUGCCACUGCAUCCUCUGAAUUAUGAGGUGGUUGGAUUCAAAAUACAUGUAGUACAAGCCAGUGCCAUCAAAUGCGGUAGUUAAGACGCAGCAACAGUCUGAUUAGAUCAUACUGUAUAAUACAGUAUUACUUUCAAUGCACAGAAUUGUUACCUUGCUUGGAGUACACUCACUGGCCACUUUAUUAGGCAUACCUUGCUAGUAAAAGGUUGGACCUCCUUUUUCCUUCAGAACUGCUUUAAUUCUUCGUGACAGACUUUCAACAAGGUGCUGGAAACGUU